CCUAACUCGCUGUAACUUAACAGAGGUGGCUGCGUGAUCACACACUUUCAUCUGUAGCCAAACUGUUUGGAGACCAUGUUCCUAUUUAGCAAGGUUUUCUGAUCAAAACCGGGAAUGCAACCACAUCCUUGAUGUGUCCAGUGAUCAACAAAACAAGGACUCUUCUGUCUUCCCAUGGAGAGCUCUCCACAGAACUCUGCCAUCCAUGAACAUCCCUAAUGAGGACAGAGGGACACUCUUUGUCCAGACAAAGACAUCCCACAGAUGUCAUCAAGCCACAGGUAGAAGUCUUCACUGCUUCCCGGAAGCAAGGCCAGGCUUUCAUCCUCCACCAUGAAGAUCGCUGUCCUCUGCUUUACCACUGUCUUCCUCACGACUCAAGUUCUAUCAGUCAGGGGCAAGUUCAAAGAAAUCUGCGAUCGCCCAAAUGGUGUUUGCCAAUUGUAUUGCCUUGAAACGGAAGUCUACGUUGGGAGGUGUUUAAAUAGACGACCGUGCUGCCUGCCCAUGGGGAAUCAACCCAGAGUUGAGGACGUCACACCCAAGAGCUGAAGCCUUUCGCUCGGAUCCCUCACAGCGUGUUUUAUCCUCGCUUCUC